AAAUUUAUCUUUUUCAGUUUAAUUUGUGUUCCGUUUCAUCGGAAUCGUAUAUUUGCAUCAUGUUAAAACUUGUUGGGAUAUUUCUUACCAUUAUUAUUGGAGUCCACACACAGCAGGAUCUGGAGUCAAUACUUACGGUACUUUACAACGGAGUCAAUGAAAAAGAUUCGACGGGACAACAGACUUCUCCUGUACAAUUGUCAACAAACAACCCCGCACCAAUAUCUAACUCAAGAGAUUUUCCAGUUACCCAAGACCCAAGGUAUGAGUGGGGAAUGUGGGGGCAAUUCUCUUCUUGUUCCGUUACUUGUGGCGUAGGAGAACGAAGAAGGCAGCGUGCCUGCUAUUUCUACCCAGAAAGACGGACAACAAGAGAGCAGAACAACUUUCCUGGUGCUCUUUUGCCUCUACUGCUUGGUAGUAAUUCACGCAGCAGCAGCAGUCUUCUUGCCCUUAGUUUGCUCGGAAAUCGCGGUGGAAAUGGAGGUUCAAUUUUACCUAACAUUCGAAACGGUGCUAUUGAGCGUCAGGGUGAUGCAAUUCUCAGUAACAGACCCAUGAUGUCGAGCAUUUCUACAAAUCCAGCUACAAUAUCAACUAGAACUCCUUGUCCUGGUUCCAUUCUGAAUGUCGGGGUGUGUUAUCAACCGGACUGUCCGGAUCUACCUACUCUACAACAACCAUGUUUAAGCAAUUGGGUAGAAUUUGGAAAGUGCUCAGCGAGUUGUGGAAGUGGGAUUCAGUUUCGAACGAGAGUAUGCAACUGUUUGGAUUUGGCUAGAAAUCCAUCUUGCAUUGAACCACUUACUGAAUCCAGAAUUUGCAACAACAAUGUGGAAUGUGUUGAGGAAGGAAGAUGGGGUGACUGGGGUCCAUUUAGUGCGUGCUCAACUACUUGCGGUCCAGGAACAAAAACUCGAUUUCGAAUAUGCAGCAGAGUUGGGAAAUGCGUUGGCAAUACUGUUUUAACCGAAACAUGUGAAAUAGCACCGUGUGCCACAUCAGCUUCAGGUGCUAGUUGGGGAACAUGGGGGCCAUUUGGUGCAUGCACCACGACAUGCGGUUCUGGUUCUAGAACUCGAUAUAAAAUUUGUGUUGGACCUGGAACAUGUGAGGGAUCAAUGAUGGAAUCGACACCAUGCCGAAACAAUGCUUGUCUAACAAUUCCGUCAGGUGGUAGUUGGGGAACAUGGGGGCCAUUUGGUGCAUGCACCACGACAUGCGGUUCUGGUUCUAGAACUCGAUAUAAAAUUUGUGUUGGACCUGGAACAUGUGAGGGAUCAAUGAUGGAAUCGACACCAUGCCGAAACAAUGCUUGUCCAACAAUUCCGUCAGUAGGUGAAUGGGGUGACUGGGGACCUUACAGUACGUGCACGAGUACAUGUGAAACUGGAAUAAAAACCCGUGUACGUGUUUGCAUGGGAACUGGUGAAUGCAGAGGACCAAAUAUGGAAACCAUCUCUUGUCGGAAUAAACCUUGCUUACCAGAUUCUGUAGGUGUCUGGAGUUCAUUCGGACCUUGGGGAGAAUGCAAAUUAGACACAACUUUGAACCAGUGCUACCAACAAAGAUUUCGUUCUUGUAUUCGUGAAAGGUGCCCAGGCCCUCGCUCUGAACUACGUGCCUGUACCAAUGGCCAAUGCGAAAUGAUGACGACCACAGCAACUACAAUCACAACCAGAGCCAACCAAGCAGCGUGCGAUGCCAGUUUUCCAGAAAAGAGAAGGGAUUGUGGAUAUGCUGGAAUAUCAAGAGAGGAAUGUUGGCAAAAAGGUUGCUGCUUUAGUGAUGUAAUCUAUGACGUGAACUGGUGCUUCUACGACGAUUUUAGCGGAAAUAUGGAAUAUGAAGAGACCAAAAACGAAACCUAAAAUGAUUGUGCAGCACGUUUCAAACAAUGUACGACUAUAAAAAUAAAUCAACAUACCCUCCUUCGAAGUUCUACUAAACGAAGUCGCUUUCUCAUCUGCUGCAUAUAUAUAUUUAUAUAUAUAAUCAAAACAUGUGUAAAAUACUUUUUUUAAAUAUUUAUUUGAACUAGUAGUGAAAUAUGGUCAACAACACUUGAGGUUCGUAAUGUAUAUUAGUUGAAUUGUGUAUAAUUGUAAUCAUUCACAUUUGUCCUCAACUCUUGGAACUGAUACGGUUUAGCCAACAUGUAAGUAUCGACAAGUAAUCAUUUUUGAUUUUUGGUCGGGUUGUAUAACUUUGUAUAUUAUAUUAAGAGAUAAAACUAUUAAUAUGUAUUCAAUGAGUACUUUCUUUUGAAUCAUUGUUGUUUUGGAAAAAAUAUGUAAAACAGAUAUGUAAAUUACAUUUAACCUUGCUACAGCAUAGUUAACAUUGUGUUUUUCUUUCACAUUUAACAAAGGCAAAAAAAUUCGAUUCAUUUUACAACGAAAAAUAACUAUCGUGUUUCAAUAUAAUAAUAUGAAUUGUACACGAAAUUAUCUUGAUGAAUAAUAGACUUUCAAGUAUAUCAAUCCACAAUCUCUGAUUUUUCAUGUCCAAGUGGUUAGAUAUGCCCAUCUCCUUUGAGUGGAAGCGAAGUUCAUAGGUAGUGUCUGAAUCUGAAAAAGACGAAUGAAUAUGUGGUUCCUGGAAUAUACCAUCUUAUUUUUGGAAUGCAGUUUUUGAUAUAAUUUUAUUGAAGACUAUGAACUCUCAA